AUGGACGUUUAUGUACUAUCAUUGUCAGAUGUUCUUCUUAAUAUUUUACUCAUUGGGGUUAGUAUUUUAGGUGUUUUAUUCCUCAUUUUUCAAGGUUUAAAGUAUAUUAUUGGUGAUUCUAUGGAAAAGAAAUUGUUUGAUAAAAGAUUAGAACAAAUUAAAAACCAACAACCCUUAGAACCAACAAAGUACCAGGACAUUCAAAUUAUUUGUAAAACACUUAAAGAAUCAUAUUCUACAAAUGCAUUAAGACCUUUAGAUGCUAGGAUGGAAGUAUUAUAUUGUUUAUAUAGAAUGGUAGUUGAUAAUAAACAAGCAUUAAGUAAUGCUAUUAGAGAAGAUCUUCAUAGAGAUGUUGGUAUGUGUGUUGCUGAAGUAAAUUCUGUUAUUCAUGAAAUCAAUUUUUUAAGGAAGAACUUAAAAAAAUAUCUUAGAAGAAAACAAGUCCCAACUGUUUGUGCUCAACUCUUUGGAAAAUCGUUUGUUGCUCGUGAGCCUUACGGUUGUGUAUGUAUUAUUUCUCCAUGGAAUUUCCCUGCUAACUUAUCAUUAAUUCCAUGUGCUGGAGCUAUUGCAUGUGGAAAUACAGUAUUUUUAAAAAUGAGUAAAUACUCUAUGGCAACUUCUAAACUUAUUGCAGAAUUAUGUGAUAAAUAUAUUCCAUCAGAGUAUUUGCGUUGUGAAUAUUUAACUGGAAGAGAAGCUAUUCAAGAAUGUUGUUCUGCUCCAUUUGAUUAUUACUUCUUUACAGGAUCUACUUAUGUUGGUAAACUUGUUAACCAAGCUGCUGCAGAGAAAAUGGUUCCUGCUACAUUAGAAUUAGGAGGAAAGAAUCCUGCUAUUGUUGAUAAAAAUGUUAAUUUAAAAGUUGCUGCUAAGAGAAUAGCUUGGGCAAAGUCAAUUAAUGCCGGACAAAUAUGUGUUUGUGUUGAUCAUGUUUUUGUUCCACGAAGUAUUAAGAAAGAAUUUUGUGAAGCUGUAAAGAAUAGUUUCAUCAAAUUCUUUGGAGAAGAUCAAAAGAAAAGUGAAGAUUUUGGUAGAAUAAUAACUAAAAGUGCAGCAAAAAAAAUGAAAGAAAUUAUCGAUCAAAGUGAUGUUUAUUAUGGAGGAGAAGUUGAUAUAGAAAAUAAAUAUGUUCAACCAACUAUUCUUCAAAAUGUUAAAAUUGAUGAUCUCUGUAUGAAAGAAGAAAUUUUUGGUCCAAUUCUCCCAGUUAUUGAAUAUGAUACUCUUGAUGAAGUAUUUGAAAUGGUUAAACAACAUCCAAAUCCAUUGGCAUGUUAUGUUUUUACAGAAGAUAAUAAUAUGUUUGAACGUGUUAUAGCAAAAAUUAAUUCAGGUGCUAUCUAUAACAAUGAUAGUAUUGUUCAUUUAUUAAAUCCAAAUUUACCUUUUGGAGGAAAUUGUCAAAGUGGUAUUGGCUGUUAUCAUGGAAAAUAUACAUUUGAUACAUUCUCUCGUCCACGUGCUGUUUGUAAUGGUCAUACUAGAUUAGAUUUAUCAUUGAAAGAUUGGCCAUUUACUUCAUUCCAAUCAUGGGCAGUAGACCGUAUGGCUGCAAGUGAAAUUCCAGUUGUUUCAUAUCUUUAA